CUAAUUGUUGACAAUUUUUCAGGUUGUGUCAUUUACGGAUGUGUUCCUGCGGCACACUGGUGCACGCUUGGUGUUGAUCAUUGUGCCCAUCAACACACUGCAGAACUGGUACGCCGAGUACAAUGCCUGGCUUCCUGAGGAUGGCACCGUCCCCCCUACCACCCCCGACGGCUACGAGCUGUGGAGUCGCAAGUUCAAGGUGUUCCUGCUGAACGACUCCCUCAAGAACCUCAACCAGAGAGCCAAAGUGAUCAACGAUUGGUACGAGACGGGUGGAGUCCUCCUCAUGGGCUAUGAACUCUACCGUCAACUCUCCCUCAAGAAGCCUAAGAAACCCAAGAAGAAGAAGAAAGAUGCAGAUAACAAGGAAAUUGUAGAUAUUGAGGAAGAAGAUAAAAACAAAGAACUGUUAGAAGAGAUUCAGAAGGCCCUGGUGAAGCCAGGUCCAGACCUGGUGAUCUGUGACGAGGGUCACCGCAUCAAGAACGCCCAUGCCAAUAUCUCCCAGGCUCUCAAGAACAUCCGUACUCGCCGCCGUGUCGUACUCACCGGCUACCCUCUCCAGAACAACCUCCUGGAGUACUGGUGUAUGGUCGACUUUGUCAGACCUAAUUAUCUUGGUAAGAUAACUCAGUUUAGCCUUCUAAUUGUUGUUAACAACUUCGUAAUGUACUAGAAUUCACUCUUCCAGGUUCACAAUUCUUUGUAAUAUAAAAGAGUUUACCCUGCUAGGUCCAGUUAUCUUUGUAAUAUAGUAGUCUGCCCUGCCAGGUCCAGUUAUCUUUGUAUUAUAGUAGUAUGCCCUGCCAGGUCCAGUUAUUUUUGUAAUAUUGAAGAGUUUACCCUGCUAG